ACAAUAAAAAUUAGAAAAUCUACAGUCCACUUAUUAUACAUAAAAAUGGUCCAGUCGAUCCGGAUGGUAUAAAUCAGGAUUAAUUAGAAUUCGAUGGAUGAAGUGUAUUUUCAUCUUGGCCGACUACACUGCUAUCACCUGCUAUCACCUACAACGUGCAGUGCAGCACAUAUGCACAUCGAAAUAGAACUAAUCUAUAAUUUUACAAAAAAGUUACGUUAAUCAAUCGAUGCAAUGGCUGAGUUGAAGAGGUUCAAGGCGAAACGGGCUUACUGCAAGGCGAGUGUUACACGCAUUUCAAAUUUUCUUAAUCUGCACAAAGACGCUACUCUCACCGACACAUUAAUAAACGAGUUGGAGGUACGCAAGGGAAUGUUAUCGAACUGCUUUAAGGAGUAUAAUAAUUGCCAAGUCGAAAUUUCAUUUUUGGAGGAAGGGGAACCGGAGAUUGUUGACGACUUCGAAAAUAAGUACAUCAAAUUGAUGGCUGAAAUCGACACAAAAAUAAAGGCGUUCCAUUGUCGUCUAGCACCAAUUGACAGUUCGCACAGUGCUUCUCAACCAUUGGCAUCAAACCAUGUUACAGUACCGGACAUCCUAAAACCCAACACCAAACUUCCAUCAGUUCAAAUUCCGUGCUUUGAUGGAAAGGAACUAAGCAAGUAUAAACCCUUUAAUGAUUUGUUUGUGGCCGUGAUUGGUAAUAACAGUACCUUAACUGAUGUUGAAAAACUGUUUUAUUUACGUAGUUAUUUAAAAGGUGAAGCCUUGUCCUUAAUUGUUAAUUUACCUAUUGUUCAUGAAUCAUAUAAGGAAGCUAUAUCCAUUUUAGAUAGUAGAUACAAAAAUGAGUUUAUCAUUACCAGUUCUCACAUUUAUGCUAUGUUAGAUGUACCUGACAUAAUCAAAGGGACUGCGAGUAACAUUCGUGAAUUUGUUGCCAAGAUUAAGCAAGAAGUAAGCGCAUUAAAAAACUUAGGUCAACCAGUUCACGAGUGGAAUAUGUUAUUGCUUUGUUUAUUGUCCAGAAAACUCGAUACAUAUACUAAUAGAGCCUUUCAAUUUGACAGGAACAAUGCCAAUGCAUUGCCCACACUUGAGGAAUUACUGCAGUUCUUGGAGAGUAGAGCUACAGCUUUAGAAUCUGUUGGUUUUCCAGAAAAAAAAAUUGAGCAAAUCGCUGAUGUGCAAUCUUGCAGUAAAACCAAAGGCAAAAAAGGGGAAAGGAAUGGAAUGUAAUUAUUGCAUGGAAUUGGGACACAAGGUAUAUAGGUGCAACAAGUUUAAAGGAAUUUCUGUUAUAGAUCGUAUCAAUUUUAUUGAAACCAAGGGUUUUUGUAAACUCUGUCUGAAUGACCAUAUUGAUAAAUGUAAUCUUAAUUUAAAAUGUCAUGUAUGUAAAGAAGGUCAUAACUCUUUACUGCAUCAAAUAGAAGAGAGUAGUGUGGUUUCUGUUGGUCAGAAUCAUGUAGAAAAUGUUAUCCUACCUAUUAUUAAAGUCAAAAUUAAAUCAAGGAAUGGCCAGGAGACUGUUGUUAGGGCACUUGUCGAUACAGGAUCUCAAACUUCCUUCUGUACUACCAAUUUAAUUAAUAAAUUGAAAUUGAACACCUUUAAUAGUGGUAAAACUAUUCUCGGCAUUACCAAUACAAUGUCGAAGGUUUCUAAGGCUGUUCACUUAUUGAUUGAAUCAUGUACAACUAAUUACAAAUUAAGUAUCAAAUGCUCAGUGGUGGAGAGGAUCACAAAAAAUCUGCCACAAGUUCCUAUUGACAUAUCACAGCUUAUCAUGCCGAACAACAUAAUUCUGUCUGAUAAUGAGUUCAAUGUGCCAAAGCCUAUUGAUUUAUUGUUGAGUGCUGACAUCUUUUUCAAAAUUUUACGACAAGAUCGUCUCCAGAUUGGUAACUUGGUGUUGCAAGAUACAGUAUUUGGUUACAUGGUCAGUGGUACUGUGCAACAAAAUAUUUGUAAUUUAUCCUUAGAAUAUUGUCAUUUUAAUUUAGAAGAGUUGGUAUCCAAAUUUUGGGACACUGAAAAGGUCUCUGAAAUUUAUCCUGAAUUCACAACUGAACAAGAAGCAUGCGAAUCAUGCUUUCAAAAGUCUGUUGUGAGAGUGGGUAAUAGGUUUCAAGUGUCUUUACCAUUGAAACAAGAAUUAAAUCCCGAUACAUUGGGAAAUUCAUAUAAGAUUGCCUUGAAACGAUUUAUAAAUUUAGAAAAAAGGUUUUCCAUUAAUCCUACCUUAUUUGAAAGUUAUUCAAGGUUUAUCAAUGAAUAUAUUGAGCUUGGUCACGCAAAAAUGGUUGAACUUCAAAAUGAUGAAAAAAUUGCUCAUUUUCUAGCUCAUCACCCAGUUAUAAGGGAUGAUAAGAAAACUACCAAAUUAAGAGUAGUUUUUGAUGGAAGCAUGAAAACAAAUAAGCAGGUAUCAUUGAAUGAUUUUAUGUACAACGGAGCGGUAGUUCAAAAUGAGCUAUUUGAUAUUUUGUUAUUAUUUCGGACAUUCAAAUUUGUGAUUCUAAGUGACAUAAAGCAGAUGUACAGACAAAUAUUAAUUUCUCCCGAGCACAAACCUCUUCAAAAUAUUUUAUGGAGAAGCGAUCCUAAAUCAUCAAUUACAUGUCUACAGCUACAAACAGUUACAUACGGGCUAAAAAGUUCGCCCUUUCUUGCAACUCGUUGCCUAGUGGAGUUGUGUAACCUGGAGGGUAAAAAGUUCCCUUUGGCGGCCAGGGCAGUGUUACAUAACACGUAUGUAGAUGAUAUUUUAGCUGGUGGCGACACUGUUGAAGAAGUCAUACAAUUACGAGAUGAACUCAUACAAUUAUUAAGUAACGGAUCAUUUGAAUUACAUAAAUGGUGUUCUAAUAACCCUUCUAUUUUAAAUGGUAUCCCAAUUGAAUUACAACAUUUUGAUGAACGUGAGAUGAAUCAUGAUUUGAUAGUAAAAACAUUAGGGUUGUCAUUUGAUGUUAAAUUAGACAUGUUUAAAAUAUCAAGUCCCAAGGAAAGCAUCACUAAGGCUAACACUAAACGUAAAAUUUUGAGCUUUUUAUGUAAAUUUUAUGAUCCUCUAGGAUUGGUAGGCCCACUUUUUGUAUCUGCAAAAAUUAUAAUGCAAAGGUUGUGGUUAAAGAAAAUAGACUGGGAUGACAUUUUAAGUGAUGAGUUACUUGAAACAUGGGAGGAGUUCGUAGAGAAUCUAAGAAAAAUGGAACCAAUUAAUAUUCCAAGAUACUUGCAAUUGAAUUCCCAUGCUACUAGUGAGCUUGUAGGUUUUUGCGACGCUUCCAUGUUUGCAUACGGUGCAGUUGUGUAUAUAAGAACUGUAAAUGAAACUGUUACGUCAACUUUAUUGUGUUCUAAAUCGCGCAUAGCUCCGUUGAAUAAAAAACUAACAAUACCCAGGUUAGAGUUAAACAGUGCGCUGUUAUUAGCAAAUGUAAUUCAUAAAGUAUAUAGUGUAUUAAAGAAAAGGAUAAACAAGGUGUAUUUGUACUCUGACUCUAACAUAGUAUUAGCUUGGAUAAAAACAAACUCUGUUAAAUUAAAUCCAUAUGUGGCAAACAGAAUAAUAAAGAUUCAAGGCUUAACGAAAGGUAUGCAAUGGUCGUAUAUUAAUACAAAGGACAAUCCAGCGGAUUGUUUGUCUAGAGGUAUUAAUCCAAAUGAAAUUUCAAAAAACAAAAUCUGGUGGUAUGGGCCGAGUUAUUUCUUAAAUGUCAACUAUAAGCAUCCGCUGUCUGAGGUAAAACUGGCAGAGCCAUUGCCAGAGCAGAAAAUAGCCUGCACUCAAAUUAUUUUGGAAUCUAGUACAUUAUUUGCCAAAUAUUCUUCAAUAAGUAAGUUAGAAAGAAUCAUAGCCUGGAUAUUAAGGUUUAAGCAUAAUGCAAGUAGGCCAAAGUAUAAAUUAGUUGGUAAUUUAAAGCCGUUUGAAGUUUAUAAUGCCUUAGAAAAAAUCUUGAUCGUUGAACAGCAAUUUCACUUUCACGAAGAAUUCAAACUAAUUCAAAAUGGUCAGCAAGUAAAGACGCAAUUAGCAUCAUUGCAUCCUUUUAUAGACAGGAGAGGAAUUCUUCGUGUAGGUGGCAGGUUGCAGAAUGCGCAGAUUGAGUAUGACCAAAAGCACCCUAUAAUACUUCCAAAAAAAAGCAUCAUAACUGAUUUAAUUAUUAUAAGAGAGCAUAAAAAAUUGCUACAUGCAGGUCAAAAACAGAUUUUAAGUAGCUUAAAUUUAAAAUAUUGGUUAAUUAAUGGAAAUAGGGAGAUAAAAAAGAUUAUUCAUAAGUGUGUAAUAUGUUUCCGAUUAAAAGCUCAAUGUGCACAACAAUUAAUGGGAUCUUUACCUGAACCAAGAGUAACUUACAAUAGACCAUUUCAUAAUGUAGGUGUUGAUUUUUGUGGUCCAUUUCAAUUAAAACAAUCUACUAUUCGAAGGUCUGUAAUCACAAAAUCAUACAUUGCAUUGUUUGUGUGUUUCUCUAUAAAGGCGAUUCACAUGGAACUAUUGUCUGAUUUAACUGCUGAUAAUUUUCUAUCGGUUCUUAAAAGAUUUAUAUCACGUCGAGGCAAACCAGCAAAAAUCUAUUGUGAUAAUGGUGGCACAUUCAAGGGUGCUAAUAGAAAGCUGAGUGAAUUGCGAAAUAUGUGUAAAAAAGAAAGUGCGAACAAGGUAGAGAAUUAUAGCCUAGACGAAGGUAUAGAAUUCAUUUUUACCCCAGCUUAUUCGCCCGUAUUUGGCGGCCUUUGGGAGGCGGGAGUUAAAAGUGCAAAGGCACAUCUAAAAAGAGUUGUAGGGAAUAACGUUUUAACAUAUGAACAGUUUAAUACUAUAAUCAUUCAAAUAGAAGGCAUCUUGAAUUCGAGACCUCUCACACCAAUGAGCAACGAUUGUACUAGCUUGGAAUAUUUAUCUCCUGGUCAUUUUUUGAUAGGAAGCACGUUUACUAGUUUUCCGGAAUCUGAUUGUACAUCGAUUCCGCAAAACAGGUUGAAAAUGUGGCGUUUGUGCACGCAAAUACAACAACAGUUCUGGAAAAAAUGGCAUGUAGAUUAUCUAGUACAGUUGCAAGCACGACCAAAGUGGAAGGCACCUACUCCUAAUCUACAAGUAGGCAUGCUGGUUCUAAUUAAAGAUUUAAAUUUACCUCCUUUAAAAUGGCCAUUGGGUAGAAUUACACGAACUUUACCUGGAAAUGAUAACAAGGUACGAGUAGUUGAAGUAAAAACUCACAAAGGCACCUAUAUUCGUUCUGUCACAAAACUUGCUAUCCUUCCAAUUGAUUUGUAAUAUAAUAAAUUGACAUUCAAGAUCUACACUAAUAUAAGUAACACAUUUUAGACAAGGAAAUAAUCAAGUAGCUCUGCUAUCCUAAACUGUCAAGUGAAAUUCCGUAUACUUUGUUGACGACGUAUCUUUACAUUUUUGAUUAUGUAAAUUCCAAUAAUUAAUUUAAUGUAUUGAUAAGCAAAAAUAAGUAAUUUUAAGAUGGACGUUGUAAAUUUAAUUUAUGUUGCCUUGUAACUCCGUUUGUGACUAAUUGUUGUAUCCUUUGUGUUAAUUAUUUGUAUUGUUUUAUGGAUAUAAAACAAAAAGGGGGAGUAUGUUACGUACAAUAGAUGGCAACACUGCAGACCAUCGGCUACAUUCAUUCGAGA